AGACUGAAAGCUGCUGGAAGUAAGAAGUUGCCUUUCCUUCUACUCUAGAAGAGAUGUUUUCCAGGAAAGUGGUGGGAUCUCUUGUCUGUCUAUCUGUUGUUAUCACACUUAUCUGGAUUACAGUUGGCAAUGGGAAAGUGCACUAUCUCCCCUAUUACCUUCCUUGCCCUGAAAUCUUCUCCAUGAAACUCCAAUACACAGAAGAGAAGCCAAUCCAACUUUUCCCCCCAUUAUUUUAUCAGCAGCCAAGAGUACUGGCCCCAAAGCGUCAGGAUGUGCUAACAGUCACACCAUGGCUGGCCCCCAUCAUUUGGGACGGUACCUUCAGUCCUGAGAUCCUGGACAGUGCCUACCUGCCACUGAAUCUCACCAUAGGGGUAACAGCCUUUGCUGUUGGGAAAUACACAAGGUUUGUGGGCCGCUUCUUGGAGUCAGCAGAGAAACAUUUCAUGAAAGGCUACCGGGUGAACUAUUAUAUCUUCACUGACAACGCUGAGACAAUCCCCAACGUCCAGCUGCAACCUGGUCGAAGAUUUGUCAUUGUCCCUGUCAAGAAGUACCCCAGCUGGCAGGAGUUCUCCAUGCGCAGGAUGGAGGCCAUAAAUAAGCACAUAGCAGAGACGAGCCACCAGGAGGUGGACUACCUCUUCUGCCUGCACAUUGACAUGGUGUUCUGCAACGCCUGGGGGCCUGAGACCCUGGGUGACAUGGUAGCAGCCAUACACCCUGGCUAUUUCAACGUCCCUCGAAGCCAGUUCCCGUAUGAGAGAAGGAGCUCUUCAGCAGCCUACAUCCCUGAUGGAGAAGGGGACUUCUACUACGGAGGAGCCGUGUUUGGAGGACUGGUCAGGAAGGUCUAUGAGUUCACCAAGACUUGCCACAUGAUGAUCCUGACAGACAAAGCCAACGGAAUCAUGGCGGCCUGGAAGGAAGAAAGCCACCUCAACAGACACUUUCUCUCCCACAAACCCUCCAAAGUACUCUCUCCAGAGUAUUUAUGGGAUGACAGGAAGCCAAAGCCCCCUGAAAUUCACCUCAUACGCUUUUCCACAGUGGAUAAGAACUAUAAAGAGAUAUGAGAUCCUUUCACAGAUGUUCUCCACAUGAUCAAACCCACUGAAUAUUAGCUCCCAGAGAAUAGGCCCCACUGUGAAUAUUUGGUCGCACUGUGAACAAACUGAGAAAGGAACAUGUGGAUAUUUUCUCUGGAGAUUGGGAGUCUUAAAGCAUUUCAGAAGCAGCAGCCAAAGUGGAGAUGAGAAUGGAAAGGUUUCUGGGUUCCUAAUCUUUGUAAAUACAGGUGUUCCACUUGAGGCUGCAGCACACAAAAAGCUAUCAAAAAGGCCAGCUAUCAAAUGUAAGGCUGUCCUUAUAGCAGGGCUGCAGAUGUCAUUGCCUGAGUAUUUUUCUUACAGAAACUUAGGCAGGAUCAAAACAGUGUUUUACAUUGCUGUGGAGAAAGAAAGACAUAGUUACAUAAAGAACUUUCCACUUAAUAAAAUAAUAACAAAAUGUGCAGGGUAAUAAAUUUUCAUGUACCGUGGUUUAAAUUCACAAUAUUUGUCAGGAUCAGGAAGAAACUUGCCCUCAGAGCAGGUUACACCUGAUUAGUGUGCAGCAGGAUUUCUUGGGCCUUCUUAGCAGUGGGCUGGUGCCAGCCAUUGCCAGUAAGAAUCCUGGCCUGACAGGACAAAUCGUGUGGAUUCACAUAGCAGCCAUCUUCCAAAUUCCAGUCUGUGUUUUGCAGACCUGAAUUUAGACAGAACUGGCACAGUUCAGACCCAGGCUGAACUCCUUUGGGUUUGUUCCAAUCACAGAUGUGCUCUGAACCUUUUCCCUGGUUCGCAUGUCUCUGGGGAUUAUGUAAUCUUUUCCAACACAGAAAAUCUGGUAUGGGAGGUCCAUGUUCUUAUCCGUUGCUUCAGUCCUUUCCAACUUUUCUAAGCUCUGCGAAAUAAAUUGGCUAGAAGUCGUUGGAACCAACAGUAACAGCUGGUGCAUUUCCAGCAAGCAGGGUAAUUUCAUUUCAUAAUGAAAUGAGCUAGUUAAACCGUGGGUUCAGCCUAGAGCUGGAAAUAGGCUGGGGUUAACAUUUCCUUUGCAUGAAUACGAUGAGAAGUCGAACCAGGUGGUUUGCAGCCUUAAAAGCCUGAGAGCUCACUCAGGUGAAGAGGCGUGGGUGAUGACCAAACACAGGGGAACGGCCACCAACAGCUGCAUAACUGAUUAUCAGCUGAGGUCACGGCAUGGAGGUUUGUGUGCCGCCUCCCCUGCUGCAGUGCAUUGCCUGUAAAUAUCUCUCCUAUUAGCUCCUAGGCAUGCUACCGAAGGGUGGUGCACGUCCGUGCUGUGGUCAUUUAAUGCGAGCAGGCAGCCAGAGCCCAGGGAACAGCCAAGAGGAGCAGAGCUGGGUGUUGCUGCCAUGCUGCACAGUACAGGGAGGAGAAGCAGGGGUGAAAGGGCUAGGCUGGCUGUUUCUAAGGGAACAGUUAAAAAAAAAAAAAAAAAGGCUCAUUUGGCAGAGAGAGAGGGAAAAUGGGGAAGAGGUGCCUGACUGUACUUGCUUCUCUUCACAUGAGAAAGUUGUUGUGUGGCAGUGCAUCACGUAUUGAAAGCUUUAGGACCCCACCAUUGAUUGCAGAUGACUGAACUACCCAUUUCAGCCCUAUGUGAGCAGGCGGAGAAUGGCCCAUGUCGCUGCAGGCAUUUCCUCUUGCAGAAGGCUCAUUAGAAAACCUUUCACAGCACCCACAAUAGGGAUCAGGUACACAAAGCACCUCCAGCCCCAGACCCCUAGAGGCAGCCUGGUCUGUUGCUUCAUGCUUUCUCCAUCAGAGGGUCUGCCCUAUCGUGUUUUCUGAGCGCUGUGGUGCUGGAGGACGACACCCCUCCGACAUAACCAAACCAGAAGGGAUUCUGCUGCGAAGAUGUCUGUGUUUGGUAACCACGGAACCUCAUCUAGACCAAAAGGGUGAAGAAAGAUCCUUAUCCUAAUCUUUCCAAAAAGAUGUAUUCCUGCCAAACCCACGAUUAAUACUGAAUAUUUUCUGUUUGUAAAACAAUAGCGUCCAAAGCCCAUGACUGAACCUAGGGUUUCAUUAUGCCAGUUACUAUAUAUAUGCAUAUGGAUUCCUUUUCAAGCCAGAAGGAACUGUCUGGUCCGAUCUCCUGCACAGGCCAGGCCAGAUAAUUUUAUCUCCUGAUGUCAGUAUCGAGCUCACGAUACGUGGCUGAGCUGUGCUAGAUCUCUUAGAAAAGCAUUCAGACCCAAUAAAAACUUCAAGUGAUACAGAAACCACAAGCCCGUAGAUCAGCUGUGCCGAUGGUUAAUUCCUCCUGUGCCUUAAUUCUGUUCUAAAUUGGUCUGUGUUUUCAGCCACUGAACUUCCUUCUGCCAUGCUGGAUGAUUCGGAUUCCUGUAGAUAUUCAUAGUCUAUACCAAAUCCACCAUGAGAGGAAAUUCCCCACCACAAAAAAUGUGCGAUAGAAGGUGUUUCUGGAGUAUGUGUUCUGAAAAAUCUUUCGUGAAAGGCUUGGUCUCCUGCUCUGCUUCCUAUGUGUCCUUUCGGCUGGAUUUAAGACCCAGACCUUCCCCCUGUUACUGGCAGAGCAAUGGACUCAUCUGCGCAGUGCCAAACACGUUCAUCUUCUUGGCAGGCCCGCAGCUUCUCCCCAGGGGAAGGUCUUCUGUCGCAUGACACAGUUCUGCUCGACAGGGCUGCGAUUUGGAGCGCUACCUAGAGAGUGCCUCUGUCUCCAGGGAGCAGAAGAAUGUGACAGCAGGAACACGCUCCCCGGUGCAGCGUGGGGGAUGUUUCCUGAAUCAGCUCAUGUCCUCUAAUUAAUGAAAGUCUGGACUUCUGUCAUCAUCAUCUCCUGCUGAUUAAUCCCCUUCCCCCAGCACCAGCAGGAAGCUUUCCUUCUCUCAGUUGGGCUGUGCAGCCUGACACGCGUGGCACAAGCAGAGACCUACGUUCUGGUCUGAGUUUCCCACCAACCUCCACUGCUCUGUGGGGAAACUGAGGCACAGAGUAAUAAAGCAACAGACUGGU